CCACUUAACCUCCGUUAUCACCAAUGGCCGGACUCCAUCUUCACCUCCAUCUCCAAACAAAUCUCAGCCGUUCAUCAUCCCCCCGCCCACCAUCCGCUUAUCAACCCACAACAACCCUCCUCAACCCGACCCGAAACGCCCCAUACUGGGACUCCAUAUACUCCGACAUCCACACCCACUUAAAAAAAUCCAUACCCAUCCGUGAACCCGUUACCGUUUACGAACCAAUGCACCAUUUGACAUUUGCGCCACCCAUCGCCACCGCAUCCGCACUGUGCGUGGCCGCGUGCGAGGCGGUGGGUGGCCACCGCGACGACGCUAUAGUUGCCGCCUCGGCUAUUCACCUCAUGCAUGCAACUAUACACACGCAUGAUAAUUUAUUAUUAUCUGCUAAAAAAAUAUCCGAACCCGUAUCCGAAAUCUCACGUAAGUUUACCCCGGGUAUCGAGUUGAUGACCGGGGACGGGAUUCUACCCUUUGGGUUUGAGCUAUUGGCUGGGGCAGAUGAUAAUGAAAAUGACAAUGACAAUUCUGAAAAGAUAUUAAAAGUUGUUAUUGAGAUUAGUAGAGCUAUGGGUGCUCAAGGGAUGAUCAACGGUGGAGAUGAUGAGACAACUGACGAGGUUGGAUCCGACCAAUGGAGGGGACAGCCGACGCGACAGCUCCACGGUUGUGGGGCCGCGUGUGGGGCGAUUAUGGGGAGUGGGAGUACGGAGGAGAUCGAACAGUUGAGAAGGUUUGGAGUUUUUGUGGGGAAAAUACAAAGGGUGUUGAGUGGAAAGGGUGGAAGUGGAGGGGGUGAAAUGGGGUUAGUGGAGAAGUGGAGGGGUUUGGCUUUGAAAGAGUUGGAAUGUUUUGAUAGUAAAAGGGUUGAGCAAAUUUCGAGUAUUGUUAAUGUUUUAUGUGAUUAAAUGAUUUUUGUUUGUGGUUAAGUUACUUCUUUCUUUUCUUAAUUUUGUUGUGUUUGUGUUUGUAAAUGAAUAAAACACUCGAUUAUAGUAA